GAAACCUAAACGUUUAUUACGGUGGCCGUUUGAUGACGCGCGAGCGGCCAUAAGCAACCGAAGGCGUCCUAAAGCUAGCGGGGGACCCCGGACUUCGGUCCGUUAAUUAAUAAAAGAAAGGAAUUCAUAAACGAUAGAGCCGAUGCGCGAUUGUUGGCUGAUAAAGAAACUUGGGAAUAGCAAAGAAGCAUGGCACGGAUUUAUGGGGGAGCCAUCAUCGGUUAUCUGACGUUCGGAGCGUUGAUGCUAGUUAAUGCUGUACAUGCCAGUGCCGAUACCGGUUUGCAAUCGCGUCAUCCAGCCGUGUAUGCGCGCAACGUGACCUUUCGGGAAGGGCGCGACAGGAUGCCAGCGACAUCCGGCGUCCACCAGCCAUCGGUUUCUUCGCGGUAUUCUGGCGGACCGCGAAGGUCGGCGAUUUUUAACAGUUCCGCUCAAAUGCAUCCGCGCUCCGCCCGCAUGACAAUCGACUGGGAAGACACCAUGCGCUCCAUCUUGUUACAGGGAAUCAGCGGCCUGAGCAAGGCGGGCGGCGUUCCGGAGGUUGGUCUCCUCAUGGGCGCCAUCGUCUCCUAUUUCUGGCCGAAAAAUAAGCCGAAUGUCUGGCUGCAAGUGCGUCAGCAAGUGGACAGCCUCAUCGACAGCAAGAUUGAGAAGUUUGAAGAGUUUACACGUAUCGCUGACCUGGACGGACUGCGACUGCGGAUGGACAGCUACCGGAGCUGCGUUAAUCUGCCGGAGAAGGGUGACUGGCUGGUGGGGAUCCUGGGUCGGUGCCUGGACAUCUAUUCCUACUUGGACAACAGUCCCAAUAAGAACCAGACCUUCGUGUAUGCCGUCAAUCUGGCGUAUGUUCACAUGGCCGCCCUGCGCGAACGCUACAUGUUCGGCGAGCAGCUGUUUCCCGGUCAGGUCGCCAAGGAGCAGUGGUACCAAGAAAUGGAGAACUGGCUGGCCCGAUACUGGACGUUCUUGUCUACAGCUUUCUCCAACUGGAUGGACUGGAGGUGGAGGCAGGUGGAGCUGGAAGAAUGGCGUAGUUGGGGGCCGAUGCUCCUGCCUCCGUUCUUCAGACCGGAGGACCAUAUGACCGUCCGGGACAAAUUAACCAACACCUUGCUAACGGAGAAAAACUGUGUAAUGUGCUCAGGCAAAAGUAGCGACUACCAUACACUAGGCGAAACGAUUCGUCGGGCGUACGUCCACCGGCAGCAGCUGGCCAUGAUGACCGUCAUUUCCAAAGCCUUCAUCCUGCACAACUUCGUCAAGGGCUACGAAGACCUCGGGCCGUUUGCCGGGGAUUUCCCCUUAUUGCAUUCCGGGAUUAUCCAGCCGCCAACGUAUGUCAUCCCCACUACCGGAACGGAGAUGAUCAAGUGCCAGCCGGCGAUGGCCGACUGGGGCAAGAAGCACAUAACCAGCGUGCUGGUACGCAGCCACAACUGGAUCGACGGCAUGCAGAUCACUUACGAAAAUGGGGCUGAUACAUUCGCCGGGAAAGAAAACGGUGGCACUCCGCACACGCUCUCCUUCAACCCGCGAACCAACCAGUGUUUGUCCUCUGUGCACUGGCGAUUUAGCAAGGUAUUCGAUACCAUCGUUUCCGUGCGAUUCAAGAAAGCCGUCGGGACGGAAAGCGAGGAAUUCGGCAACAAGCAGGAUCUGGCGAACCUGGACCUGGAAACCAGCGCUCCUCCGCUGUUCUGCAUCAUGCAGAUUUCCUUGUGCGCGUACCCGCAUCCCUUCGCUGUCACGGGCUUCCAAGUCAUUUACGGUAUGCCCAACGACCACCGUCAUCCCGCCCCCCUUAGCCAAUGGACUGGCCCGCAACGCUGCGCUGCGCUUCUAGCCGCAAAGCACAACCGCCUUCCACAAGAGUUAUUCAAUCAUGUGAUCAAAUAUUGCAAAUUUAAUCAUAUUACUAGUUGCUUCUCGGCAGUUUUACUGAUUAGUACCACUUACUUAUGCAACGGCACAAUAUGCAUACGCCCUAAAGUUUCUAGUUUGUGGUUUAAUAGUUUCUUGUAUUGAUUCGCUUGCAUCCUUA